AUUUUCCACACAAGUGACUAUUAACACCCAAAGAGCAGAGUAAAAUAAUGAAAGUUUAUGCUGUACUCAUUCUGUUUCUCUUCACACUUGGAAACUAGGAAAGAACAAUGUGUAUUUUCCACACGGGUGACUAUUAACACCCAAAGAGCAGAGUAAAAUAAUGAAGGUUUAUGCUGUACUCAUUCUGUUUCUCUUCACACUUGGAAACUGUAAAAGAUGUGACAACAAGAAAUGGAUUACUCGUUGUAAAAUCUCUGAGGGGCCCAUGGCCAUGAUGAGAACUGGAGAGUGCGGCUACUGCAACAACACACAAAGGUUCUGCGAGGGAGAAUGUUUGGGUUUGAACUUCUUCACCUGUUGGGAUCGACACGUGUUCGAAAACCCUGAACCGUGUGAUGAAGCUUCUUGUGAAGUAGUUGAUGGUAAACAAACUGGAGUCUGCACCACGGGGGAUAUUGUUCCAAAAUUAAAAGACGUAACACCAGAAGAGAAUGAAAAGAAUGGUAAGGAACAGGGUGAAGAAGAAACAUCAGAUGAUGGCAAAGAAAAGAUACCCGAUAAUGACACAGAGAAAACAAAAGAAAAUAAUGAAAAUAAAACACCAGAAAAUGAUGAUAAAAUCGUAAGAAACGACCCAAAUAAAGUAGUUGUAAAAGAAGACCAACAAGAAGACCCCUCCAAUGUGAAAACGCCAAAUGAUGGAUCAAAUAAUAAAGAUAAACCAAAGGAAGCUCCUAAUGGUGUAACACCUGAAACUGUAACACCAACCAAUAACCAAUCUGAGGUUGAUAAUUUCACAGAACCAGAUGACAACUUCAUAGAACCUGAUGAUGAUAAAGGAAAGAAUAAAUGUUAUGAUGAAGGAGGAACAUGCGAUGGCAAAGUUGAUAAAGAUUCCGAUUCCACAACAACAUAUGUUCUUAUAGUGUUGGUUGCCGGGGGAUUCCUGGCACUUAUAAUUGUUUUUGGUUGUAAAGCUUUAGCUGAGUAUCAGGUUAUACAAAAUAAUAGGGGUGAUGGUGGUGGACAAGAUGGAAACACAGAUGUGGAAGAGACAACUCGAGGACAGUUGGAAGCUCAAAGCCUUAUCCGUAAAAGCAAUGACAGACAAGGACAAUAACUUUUAUUUUACGUUUGAGAAGUUG